UAAUGAUGGCGAAUUUCAAAAUGUUUGUUCAGAUGGAUGUAUAGAUGGUCAUAGAGGUCGUCGAUGUUAUGAGCUUUGUGAUUUAACAUGCAAAUCUUGUGAUAGUAAUAUAACCUACUGCGAUUCAUGCUAUGACAGAUAUUUCCUAGGACCGAAUAAAGAUUGUAAAUCAAAGUGUCCUUCCAACUGUAAAACAUGUACUUCUUAUACCGACUGUCAAACUUGUAAAGAAGGAUUCGUCAAUAAAAACGGAUACUUUGAUUGUAGAUAUUUUAAUUGUCCUGAAAAUUGUCAUUGCAAUUCAUCGGCAUGUGUAAUGUGUAAAGAUGGUUUUUUUAACACAAGAGAAUCAUGCCUGAAAUGCCCGCAUAAUUGCUAUAAUUGUUCAACUUAUACAGAUUGUUAUUCCUGUAAAGAUGGAUUUUAUAGUAGUGGAGACCAGAAAGUAUGUUCAAAUACAUGCUACAAGGAUUGUAUAAGCUGUUCCUCGUACGAAAAAUGUUUGAACUGUAAUUCUGGAAAGUUUGGUCGUCAAUGCCAGAAUACUUGUUCAAUUGGUUGCAAAGACAAUGUUUGUUUUAUUGAAACUGGAAAAUGCAAUUGUUUACCUAACUUUGAUGGUGAAACUUGUUCAGACUGUGUACCUGGUUAUUAUGGAUCCUUUUGCGACAAGGAAUGUCCCGAUAAUUGUAAAAACAAUGCAUGUGGAAGAACUCUCGGUAUCUGUACAGAAGGAUGUAAAUCAGAAACCAUGUCUGGAAGUUACUGCGAAAAUUGUAUUGUUGGAAAAUAUGACUUAUAUUGUGAUAACAAUUGCUCAGAAAAUUGUUUAAAUAGAAUGUGUGAUAAGAAGAAUGGUACAUGCUCUGAGGGUUGUAAAGAUGGUUUCGAAGAACCUUUUUGUUUGGAAUGUGUUCAGGGUACAUAUGGAGAAGAAUGUAACGAGGACUGCCCAGAUACUUGUAAAGAUAACAAAUGUUUUAAACAAUCUGGACAUUGCUAUGAAUGUAUUGAAAAUUAUGAGGGAAUGAUGUGUGACUUCUGUACACCAGGUUUCUAUGGCUCAUAUUGUGAACAAAAAUGUUCCUCAGGGUGCACGAAGAUUUCCUGCAAUAAAAAUUCUGGCAAUUGUAGCCAUGGGUGCAAGGAUGAAUACUCUGGAGAUAAAUGUUGUAUAGACAAUAAUAAUUGUUUAUAUUGCAUAAAUAACACAGCUUGUCGUGAAUGUAAAUCCGGGUUCUUUGGUCAAACCUGUAAUCAGAAAUGCAGCGAUCUUUGUAUCAACAAUGUCUGUGAAAGUAUAACUGGUAUUUGCACAAACGGAUGUAUAGCUGUUUUAGAUAAUCCAAUUUGUGCUGAAAGUAAAGAAAAAGAAAAAGUUGAAAACACAAAUGGUUCAAAGGACACGUCGUUAACUGCUGUUUUUGCAGCUCUUUUUGCUAUUGCAACCGUUGCACUAUGUGUGUUGAUAUCGAAGAUGGUUCUAGAGAAAUUCUUUACAGCAAAAAGAAGACGAGAGGAUACUAUGGAACUAAGCGCCGCAACCGAAAUGCAGAAUAUCUCAAAUACUUAUGGAAUUGUAGAAAACGAAAACGUAAAAUACGAGACACUGGAUGUAACGCAAUGUACUGAUGAUCACAUGUACGACUCAGCAAACGUCCAUGGAUUGGGAGAGUCAUCAGAUUCUUCUGAAUCAGUGCUAGUGUCCGACGAACUCUGUAGGACCUGUUACGGUGGUGUUGGCAGAUGGCUGUGUGUAGGUGGUACUCUGUGUGUUGUUGAUGGCCGUGCCGGCGUAGGUGGACUUUAUCUGUUUCAGGUCUUAGUUGUCGUGUGUGUUCUAGGCUAUAUUGACAGAUAUUUUGUCUUUGGCAAAUUGAACCAAAGUUGUGUUUCACAUGACAGUAGCUGUAGUGUAUGCUGUGCUAGUUCAAAAUGCGUUAAGGAUAAAAUUUUUCAAAAUAAUUGUGUGGAUGGAUGUAUAGAUGGCCAUAGAGGUGCUCGAUGCUAUGAGCUUUGUGAUUUAACAUGCAAAUCUUGUGAUAGUAAUAUAACCUACUGCGAUUCAUGCUAUGACGGAUAUUUCCUGGGACCGAAUAAAGAUUGUAAGUCUGAGUGUCCUUCCAACUGUAAAACAUGUACUUCUGAUACAAACUGUCAGAUUUGUAAAGAAGGAUUCGUCAAUAAAGACAGAUACUUUGAUUGUAGAUAUUUUAACUGUCCUGAAAAUUGCCAUUGCAAUUCCUCGACAUGUGUAAUGUGCAAAGAUGGGUUUUUUAACACAAGAGAAUCAUGUAUGAAUAGAUGCCCGAAUAAUUGCUAUAGUUGUUCAGCUAAUACAGAUUGUAAUUCCUGUAAAGAUGGAUUUUACAGCAGUGAUGACCAGAAAACAUGUUCUAACACAUGUCACAAGGACUGUUUAAGCUGUUCCUCCUAUGACAAAUGUUUGAAAUGUCAAACUGGACUUUUUGGACAUAAAUGUCAGAAUAAUUGUUCAAUUGGUUGCACUGAUAAUGUUUGUUCUAUUGAAAAUAGAAAAUGUCAUUGCUUACCUAACUUUGAUGGUGAAAAUUGUUCAGACUGUGUACCUGGUUAUUAUGGAUCCUUUUGCGACAAGGAAUGUCCCGAUAAUUGUAAAAACAAUUCAUGUGGAAGAACUCAAGGAAACUGUAUAGAAGGAUGUAAAUCAGAUACCAUGUCUGGCAAUUACUGUGAAAAUUGUAUUGUUGGGAAAUAUGGCUUAUAUUGUGAAAAUAAUUGCUCGAAAAAUUGUUUGAAUGGAAAGUGUGACAAAGACACUGGUACAUGUUCUGAGGGUUGUAAAGAUGGGUUCAAAGGACCUUUUUGUUUGGAAUGUGUUCAGGGUAAAUACGGAGAUGAAUGUAAAGACGACUGUCCAGAUACAUGCAAAGAUAACAAUUGCGAGAAACUGUCUGGGUAUUGCUUCGAAUGUAUGGAACGUUUUGACGGAAUAAUGUGUGAUUUCUGUAAACCUGGUUUCUAUGGCUCAUUUUGUGAACAAAAAUGUUCCUCAGGGUGCACGAAGAUUACCUGCAAUAAAGAUUCUGGUAAAUGUAGCCAUGGGUGCAAGGAUGAAUACUCUGGAGAUAACUGUUGUAUAAACAGCAAUAAUUGUGUAUAUUGCAAAAAUAGCACGGCUUGUCGUGAAUGUAAAUCCGGGUACUUUGGUCAAACCUGUGAUCGGAUAUGCAGUGAUCUUUGUAUCAACAAUGUUUGUGCGUUGAACACUGGCAUUUGUACAGAAGGGUGUAGAGCUUCGCUGGAUGAUAUAAUUUGCGUCCACAAGGCCGCAAAAUCACUUGAUGAUAACCAAAGUUAUUCCAAUGGCACUUUAAUCACAGUUUUAGGAACACUGUUGGGUGUUACAUCUGUUUCUUUAUGCGUUUUGAUAUCAAAAAUGAUUCUAGAGAAAUUCGUCGCAGCAAAAAGGAGGAAAAAAGAGGAAUCGACUACACUUAUUGGUAUUGAAAGCGUUACAGUUGAAAUGCACAAUAGCUCAAAUGGAGAUGAAAAUGUUGGAGAUGAAAGUGCAUACGAAACAUUGGAUGUUAGAUCUCUCGAUAAAAACAAGUAUGGUUCAGCAAACGUCCAAACAUCUGAAGAUAAAGCUUCUGAUGAAAAGGAGCAAUAUGUGAACAUGAUGAUUUAAGUCUUCGAGGUGAACAUAACAUCGAAGAACAUUAUGACAUCAUUGACGAUGAAGUGAAAAUUUUGUCUCUAGAUUUGGCAAUAAGUUGUACAUGUGCUGUGAUGGUGUUUUAUUUGAUGAAAUGACAGAUUUGAAGAAUAUAUUGUUCAAAACAAUUCUUUCUUAUGAUAAUUUAAUUAGUCUAAUACAUUCAUGAAUGUCCCAGAUAUAAUGUCCCAGUUUUAGAAAAUAGCUUAUUCGUCAACAAAAUCAGUUUGGCGUUAAAGAGUAAUUGACUAUAAAUGGCACAAUACUUUCUACAAAGAUUUUUUUGCUUACUUGUCUUUAUGUUUUGUAAUCCUUAAUACUCUGAAAAUCCUAUGUACUGUUUUACUGUAUAUAAUACCAUUUAAAAUCUUAAUUAUAUGCAAGAGAGAAAAAAUAUAUUCAAAUAUUGCGUUACAACUCAUUUACAUUUACUUAAAAAU